AUGGUUAAAGCAGUCUGCGUCGUCCGUGGUGACUCCAAGGUCUCUGGUACCGUCGUCUUCGAGCAGGCCUCCGAGUCUGCUCCCACCACCAUCACCUGGGACAUCACUGGCCACGAUGCCAACGCCAAGCGCGGCAUGCACAUCCACACCUUCGGUGAUAACACCAACGGCUGCACCUCUGCCGGCCCUCACUUCAACCCCCAUGGCAAGACCCACGGUGCCCCCAGCGAUGCGAACCGCCACGUCGGUGACCUCGGCAACAUCGAGACCGAUGCCCAGGGCAACUCCAAGGGCUCGGUCCAGGACAGCUUUGUCAAGCUGAUCGGCCCCGAGAGCGUCAUCGGCCGCACCAUUGUCGUCCACGCCGGCACCGACGACCUGGGCAAGGGUGGCAACGAGGAGAGUCUGAAGACUGGCAACGCCGGUCCCCGCCCUGCUUGCGGUGUCAUUGGUAUCUCCAACUAG